AGGACAAUAUUUUAUAAAAUGUCAGUCUGUCUGCUCUUCCGAUCUUGUGAACGGAGUGUAGGCUUGUUUAGCACGCGUGGACGGAGUGUAGGCUUGUUUAGUACGCGUGGACGGAGUGUAGGCUUGUUUAGCACGCGUGGACGGAGUGUAGGCUUGUUUGGUACGGUUGGAGCCCGUGCCAUGUCCGGUACCGGUACCGUGGAGGCGCCGCUGUACGAGCGGUGGACAGAACUGUGUUCCCGAGACAUGGUGAGGACGGCGGAGGCGAGCCAGGCAUGGUGGCGGGUCGUCAAGGAUAGGUACUGUGAGCCGUGGCGUUUCUAUCACAACCUGUCCCAUGUGCACAGCAUGUUUCUGCACUUUGACAACCACAGGCACAAAAUACAAAACCAGAAUGCUGUGGCAUGGGCUAUUUUCUUUCAUGAUAUUGUCUAUGAUGCCAAGGCCUCUGACAAUGAAGCCAGAAGUGCAGAAAUGUUCCACCACUUUGCCACGGAGAAUCUGCAAAAGCCCCCUGACUGUAUCCGUGAAACAGAGAGACUCAUCCUGCUGACUAAGGAGCAUGUCACUAAGGAACACAGGAAUAAGGACAGGUACGGCACAAAAGAUAAGCACUACUUUUUGGACUUCGACAUGUCAGUGUUGGGCUGGCCUGAACAAGAUUAUGAUGUGUAUGCAGAACAGAUCAGACAAGAGUAUGUGCACAUUCCCCUGGACCAGUACCGGGAGAGAAGAGCCAAGUUUCUAAAGAAGACACUGUCAGAAGUUACCAACAUCUUCAGUACAGAAGAGUUCCGUGAGCAGUUUGAGCAGCAGGCCAGACAGAACCUUCAUCGGGAGAUCCAGCACCUACAGGCCAUCAAUGUCACCUUGGGUCUGGAGCUGCCUGCAACAUGAGCUCAACACACCUCACCUUAGGUCUGGAGCUGCCUGCAACAUGAGCUCAACACACCUCACCUGUGGUCUAUAAUCAUCUGCAUGAUGAGAUUGGAAUGUUCUUCACUUGCAGGUCAAAAUCAUUUAAAAAGCUUCGAAAGAAACUUUGUGGAAACGAACUGUGUUUAUGCUGCAAGAGCCUUGUCUAUAGACUCUGACAUAUACACAAUGGAACAAGUGUCUGUAUGGAAAAUUAUCAUAUAGCCAGGUGACGUCAACCAUUCUAGAUUUUUCAAAAUGUUAACCAAAAAACAGGCCAAAUCAGAAUGAACAAUACACAGGAAAUUGUCCAAUCUGAAUUUUCAUUCAGGGAUGAAUGGAUCCAAAAUGGUAGCACUGUUCAAAUGUGUUGGAUGUGUAGGAUUUGAUCAGAAACAGUGAUGUUUGGCUUGUGGAGGGAGUGGGGAGAUUUUAUCACUAAUGGCCAUGCAGGUAAAGUUGGGAAGGCAGGGAGAGCAACAGUCUGGCCAGGGCCAGCAAAGAAAAAAGGCUGGACAAACAAAAACUGUGACUGCGCCAUUGGGAUUCAUCAUAUCUAGUAUAUGAUAAUAAGGUUAAUGAUCCACUUUGGUUGGUUCCUUUAACCACCUUAUAAAUGACCUCGCUACGCAUGUUCAUUCAGUCGACGAUGAAUUAUGGCAACAUAAACACCUCAUGAGGGUGGGUCAUAAUACCCUAUUCUGUACUGUAUGUACAUUCAUCCACUUAAUAUUUGUAUGUUAGAAUUUAGAUUAUCUACAUGUAUCUAGACCACAUUCAUUCAUUUCAUGUAUCUAGUCUUUCUUCACUUGCAAUUAGCCCCAUGGGCAUGAAUUUGCAAUAAAACAUUAUUAUCAUAAAUCCUGACAAAGAAGCUAACAGUUUGAAUAUACAUGUACAUGUAUAUUCGUACCUUGCUUACAAGUACAUGUACAUGGGCAUCACACUUUGAUUAACACAAAAAUAAAUGUUGACAGAUGCAAAUUAAUGUCUAAUGUAGAAGGUGUAGAUAGUUUAACUACUACAGUUGAGUGUGUUAUGCCAUGAUACUGUUGCUAAUAUUAAUGUUUACCUAUGUAAUAAGCUUGUAAAACUGACCAACAACCAGUGGUCAAGGGACUUAGGUAGGUAGGAAGGUAAUGUAAAAGAAAUUGUUAUGUACUUGAACUACAUGUCAGCAUGAAAGUCCAACUAUGUUGAUAGUUAACAUCAUAGAGCUGAAACUGAACUAAAUGUGGACUAAAUGUGGAAACACAUCACAUGCCCUACUACAGUCGUCUUCAGAAGUAAAUGACCAGGUCAUCCACCCCACAGCUGUAAAGAAUAUGUCCUGAAGAAAAGGCCUCUCAAGUUUGAACUCUCUCUCUCUUAAUCUAUCUCUCCCUCUGUAUAUAUACAGCAUGAAUGCACCAGUAGUAAAAUAUAAUGUUUGUGUUGGCUUACAAGAUUGUUACAAACUACAUGUAAAUAAGAACGAUCUAUGCAAAAAAAAUGACUAAUUUUUCUUCACUUGGUCAGCCAGCUUUACUUUUUGGUAAAAGUGUUGACUUGGCUGUUUUCCAUGGUCCAAAUCUAGUUAAACAAAGUACAUUGUGUAUGUUGAUUAACUUAUUUUGAGUUGUAGCAUAUCUCCUUGAUUGUGCAGUUACUGAGCCUAUAGUUAUUGCUGGUAAUGUUAUUGUAAACAGUUAAUUAAAAAAAAUUGAUAGCAUUGAAUUUUUGAAUACAAGGUGUUCAGAUCCUCCCAAAUGUGUAUCAUUUAAUACUCGAAUGUUUUAUAUGGAUGAUAUCCUCUUGACGCUUGUAUAAUGGUGCAAUGGUCGAGGUUGUUCUGAGAUUGUGCAGUAGGUAAACUUACCCAUGAGAACAUACAAUGUCAUGUUCUAAGUAUAUGGAAUAAAAAAUGUCAAAAUUGU